UCUUCUCAACAAACGACUCCGACUCCUAGGAGACGUGCGCAGUCUCGACUCUUGGAGUUAGAGCGCCACAUUGCAAUAAAUGGGCGCAUUCCGAUGACGAUCGCCCCUGGAGCGGAGAAGCCUAUUUCUCCACACGCCGUUCGCUUCAGCCAAGCGAUAGGCGUGUGCGUGCGAAAGACAUUUCCCGUCCGCUGUCUUAAGUGGACGGACGUUGGGAGAGAAUACAUUGAGGUCGUCAAGGGCGACCUCCAGCGAUUCUUUGUGCUUGAUUUCAAUGAUCAAGCAAUGAACAGGUUUGUUGAGCAUCAGAUGCUCACGACCUUUAAAGAGUUCCGGGCCGACUGUCAUAAACAUUUCAAAAAGUACAGCGACCCGGAGGAGGCUCGUGCCAACCCACCAAACGCAUUGGUUGGACGUGAUGAGGAUUGGCACUUCCUCUGCGACCAUUAUAUCAGCCGUGCAUUCCAGGAGCAAUCACGGACAAACAAGGCUGCUAGACAGAAGCAGCCUUACAAUCAUAGUAGCGGGUCCAAGUCGUUUCUACAACGACAGUAUGAGCUCGCUGAAAGAAGAGGGCAGCCGGUCGAUCGUGUGGAAUUGUUCCGGGAAACACACGUUCGAGCUGGGACAUUCGUGUCGCAGGCCGCCGAGGAUGCGCAUAAUCAAAUGCUGGAACUCCAAUCCCAGCCUACCCCAGAGGGUAGUCAGCCACUCUCUGAGGAUGAGAUAUGCGAUCAGGUGUUGGGUAGACGACCAGGCUACUCAAAAGGCCUUGGUUGGGGACCCAAGCCGAAGGCCCGCAGAACGGCAAGUGCAAGCAGUUCGUCGACAUCUUGUUCGCAGUCCACACAAAAAGAGAUUGAAUUACAAGCUAAACUUCAUGAAGCUUUGGAACGGAUUGAAGUACAAGAUAGAAAUCACCAAGCAUUAGCUUCACAAGUGGAAGCUAUGAAAAAGAUGAUUGAAGACCUAACUCGUGCACAACAGGGACCACCACAUGAUCCCUAGCCCUGUGGACCGAAGGUGUAGAAUGACGCGCAUACGCACCUCGUUGGGAGAUUGGGUCUUAUGUUUAUGUUUUUUGUAUAUUGAGAACUAUAUUUUCUUGUAGUCAACUUAUUCGUAUUAUUAAUUUUAAUUCUAUUUUUUAA